AAUGGCCCCGGACGGCCCAAGGCAUGCCCAAGCCGGCCCCAGAGAGCCCCAAGAUGGCCCGUGGACGCUCCUCCGUAGCCAUUUUGGCUCAAGCCAUUGUGGUCCGGGCCAGCCCGCGCCCAGCCAGAGCGACUGGCCCACCGCGGCCCUGGGCGCGCCGCCGCACGCCGCGCCGCGCCAGAUGGGGUGUACGCCGAGCGCCGUCGCCGAGGCGGGGUGCGCCACCGAGCAGGGGCUGCCAGGCCGGCACGCGCGGCCUCCCGCGGGCGCUGCGGGGCGCGAGUGCCCCGAGCAGUUCACCAUCCGGCUGCACAAGGGCGCCGGCGACGCGAUCGGCGCGAGCCUCGGGGACGUGCCGACGGGCGCGGUGCUGUACUGCGCCGAGGAGGGCGGCCUCCUCGACAGGUGGAACAAGGAGAACCCCGAGGCGGCCGUGCAGCCUGGCUUCAUCAUCGAGCAGGUGAACGGGGUUCGCGGGUAUUGGGGCUUGCUGGAGGAGUUACGCGGCCCGGGGCCCCUCCACGUGAGGGUCAACACGGUGCCCCCGCCGUCGGCGGGCCCCAACUGGUUCGAGGAUAUCGCGACCAUGGCGAAAAAAAUCGAGCAAGACAGGAGCCCAUUCAUGGUCCGGCUGCAAUCGGAGGCCUUGCAAGACGAGAAGGUGUUCAAAUCCCUCCACGAAGUGGUCGCAUGCGAGGCUGGGCUCGACCAAUGCUCCAUUUGCCUCGUGGACGUCGGCCCCAACGAGGUGCUCACCGAACUUCCCUGCAAGCACGCCUUCCAUCCGCUGUGCGCUGCGCGCUGGCUCGUGCAGAGCUCCGCGCAGAGCGGCCCGAAGAGAAACAGCUGCCCGCUCUGCUGCCGCAAGUUGGUCGGCACGCGCGACGGCGUCGUGGCCGUCGACGUGGGGACUCUUCAGAAGCGGGGUUGACAUAAUAUCUUCGCAGUUUUUUGGCGCGGUCCGACGUGCCUGGCAGUGCUGGCGCCCGCGGCCAAGGUUCUUGCGGUUCGGGGAAGCAAAACACCAUACAUAUACAUGUUUGGAGCUGCGGAGCUCCGACGUUUCGCCUUGCACAGUGUUCUAGUAUCUCUCUAGUGGUGGAGAGGUCUCCGAACACGCGCAGUGUUGUGGUCUUGAAUUCGAUUUCUUGAGCCACCAUGCGCCGAUUAAGCGUAUCAUGAUGGGCCCUAGGCGACAUGCCAGAAAUGGUUUUAGAGUCACCUUUGGGCCCAGGCUCGCUGGCUGCGAUCGAACGUGCAUUUUUCGUUUUGUUUGUUCUCCCGUUGUCUUUGGAGCGUGCCCUGGCAGGCGUGCUGUUUUCCUGACCGUUCCCUGGAGCGGCCUUGACACUGGAGUAAUACUGACCAUGUUCUCGAAGAAUAUGUUUUUGUCCAGGGCUUCUGCUUCAAUUUCUUUGUGCCCGAGUUGACCUCCGUUGCCUCAGUGUUAAGGCCGGGGCUUCUCUGAGUGGACUGCGUAUCGUUGGCCUUGACGAAAAAAACA